AUGUCAUCUCCCUCUGCCAUUGAAUCAUCCACUGCAGACGGCGACAGCGACCCCCUCAUGCCGCGGAAGGAACGAGAAGGACCAGAGCCAGACGGUGAGCGCAUCUCACGCGUCGGCUGGCGCACACCGCGGGUUGGCGCACGAGGGCGGCUGCUAGUGUUUGAAGCCCCCACAACAUGGGGGGCCGCUGCUCGGCCACGGGACACCGUAGCGGUUGGCUGGGUGGUGGACACAGUGGGCGCCGUAGGAGGCACGGUGGGCGCAGCAGUGGACGCAGUGGGCGGCAGGGGAGGCACGGUGGGCGCAUCAAUGUCCGGAGUGGGCAGCAGGGGAGGCACUGUGGACGCAGCAGUGGACACAGUCGGCGGCAGGGGAGGCACGGUAGGCGCAGCAUUUGACACGGUGGGCGGCAGGGUAGGCACGGUGGGCGCAGCAGUGGACACGGUGGGAGGCAGGGGAGGCAUGGUGGGCGCAGGAGUGGACACAGUGGGCUGCAAGGGAGGCACGGUGGGCGCAGCAGUGGCCGGAGUGGGCAGCAGGGGGGGCACUGUGGAUGCAGCAGUGGACACAGCGGGCGGCAGGGGAGGCAUGGUGGGCGAAGCAGUGGAUGUAGUCGGCGCAGGAGUUGACACGCUAGGCGUCAUAGAAGCAGCAGGUGUAAGACCCGGGGUCACGUCGCACUUCAGCAGCAAGCAUGGUCUCUUCGGGCUCCCACGCCGUGUCACGGUCUACAGUGUCGGAUUCGCGUGA